GCGCCAGAAAGCGACCUGGACAGCAGAAGAAGUUGUAGCCGCUAGCUGUUGUUGUUGACAUGACGAUCAGAGAGAAUCAAUGGAGACAAACUGGACAUAAGACAUCUUCUCAGGCGGACUAAACGGUCACCAGUGGAGGAGGGUGGAGCUUCCCAGCAGUCACGAUGGAGGACACAGAGCUGGAGCUUUCCCCCGCCCCCUCUGACAGCCAGCCUGCCUCCACCUCCUCCUCCCCGUCCCUCCCCUCCACCCCCUCCUCCUCCUCCUGCGCCCCCCCCCAAGCCAUCACCCCCCCGCUGGGCGUGAUCAGCGAGGGCGUGGGCGAACUCAGCCUGGUGAUUGACAACGAGGUGGCCCAGCGGGCGUGUCGGGAGGUGCUGCAGAAGGUGAAGCUGAUCCAGGUGGACGGCGACGACCUGCAGAACGGGGGGGCGGAGCCUGAGAAAGACCCGGAGCCCCCCCUGACCCUCCUGCCCAAACCGCCAAAGAUCCGAGAGGAGACGGACGACCAAGAGGGCCCGUCCCCCGGCUCGGUGAAGAGUGCCCGGCGGCGGCAGAGGCACAACCCCUCCAAGCAGUCGUGGCUGCUGCGCCUGUUCGAGUCCAAGCUGUUCGACGUUUCCAUGGCGAUCUCCUACCUGCACAACUCGAAGGAGCCCGGCGUCCAGGCGUACAUCGGCAACCGGCUCUUCAGCUUCGCCCACGAGGAGGUGGACUUCUACCUGCCGCAGCUGCUCAACAUGUACAUCCACAUGGACGAGGACGUCGGCGACGCCAUCAAGCCUUAUGUGGUGCACCGCUGCAGGCAGAGCAUCUCCUUCAGCCUGCGCUGCGCCUGGCUGCUGGGGGCGUACUCCUCCGACAUGCACAUCUCCACGCAGCGACACUCCCGAGGCACCAAGCUGAGGAAGCUCAUCCUGUCCGACGAGCUCAAACCCGCGGGCUCCCGGGCCCGCCGGGACCCCCUGGCCCUCACCACCUUCAGCCCCCUGGCGGCGCCCGGCGCGGGCGAGCACGGCCUGUCGCCCUCCAAGCGCACGCAUCAGCGCUCCAAGUCGGACGCCACCGUCAGCAUCAGUCUGAGCAGCAACCUGAAGAGGACGGCCAGCAACCCCAAGGUGGAGAGCAGCCAGGACGAGCCGGUGCGUCUGGCGCCUCAGAGGGAGUUCAUAAAGUCUCUGAUGGGCAUCGGGAAGCGUCUGGCCACGCUGCCCACCAAAGAGCAGAAGACGUCCCGGCUGAUCUCAGAGCUGUCGCUGCUCAACCACAAGCUGCCGGCUCGCGUGUGGCUGCCGACGGCGGCCUUCGACCACCACGUGGUCCGCGUGCCGCACACGCAGGCCGUGGUGCUCAACUCCAAAGACAAGGCCCCGUACCUGAUCUACGUGGAGGUCCUGGAGUGCGAGAACUUUGAGACGUCCAGUGUUCCCGUCCGGAUCCCGGAGAACCGGAUCAGGAGCACGCGUUCUGUGGAGAACCUGCCGGACUGCGGCAUGACGGCGGAUCAGAGAGCCGGCAGCUUCUCCACGGUGCCCAACUACGACAACGACGACGAGGCCUGGUCUGUGGACGACAUCGGAGAGCUGCAGGUGGAGCUCCCAGAGAUCCACACCAACAGCUGUGAUAACAUCAGCCAGUUCUCGGUGGACAGCAUCACCAGCUUGGAGAGCAAAGAGCCGGUGUUCAUCGCUGCCGGAGACAUCAGGCGGCGCCUGUCGGAGCAGCUGGCAGCUCCGACCACCUUCAGACGGGACCCCGAGGACCCGUCGGCCGUGGCCCUGAAGGAGCCCUGGGAGGAGAAGGUCGGGAGGAUCAGGGAAGGAUCUCCUUACGGUCACCUCCCCAACUGGAGGCUUCUGUCCGUCAUCGUUAAAUGUGGAGACGACCUGAGACAGGAGCUGCUCGCCUUCCAGGUGCUGCAGCAGCUCAAGUCCACCUGGGAGCAGGAGCGGGUCCCCCUCUGGAUCAAGCCCUAUAAGAUCCUGGUGUUGUCGUCGGACAGCGGGAUGAUCGAGCCGGUGAUGAACGCCGUGUCCCUCCACCAGGUGAAGAAGCAGAGCCAGCUGUCUCUGCUGGACUACUUCCUGCAGGAGCACGGCGCUCCGACCACCGAGGCCUACCUGUCGGCUCAGAGGAACUUCGUCCAGAGCUGCGCGGGAUACAGCCUCAUCUGCUACCUGCUGCAGGUCAAGGACAGGCACAACGGGAACAUCCUGCUAGACGCCGACGGUCACAUCAUCCACAUCGACUUUGGCUUCAUCCUGUCCAGUUCUCCCAAGAACCUCGGCUUCGAAACGUCCGCCUUCAAACUCACAGCUGAGUUUGUUGAUGUGAUGGGCGGUCCAGAUGGAGACAUGUUUAACUACUACAGGAUGCUGAUGCUUCAGGGUCUGAUAGCAGCCAGGAAGCACAUGGAGAAGGUUCUCCAGAUCGUGGAGAUCAUGCAGCAAGGUACCCAGCUGCCCUGCUUCCAUGGGUCGAGCACCAUGAGGGGCCUGAAGGAGCGUUUCCACAUGAGCCUGACGGAGGAGCAGCUGCAGCUGCUGGUGGACCAGCUGGUGGACGGGUCCAUGAGGUCUCUGACCACCAAGCUGUACGACGGCUUCCAGUACCUCACCAACGGGAUCAUGUGACGCGUCGGGUGGUAGGGGGUGUGUGUGUGUGUGUGUGUGUGUGUCCAUCAUCAAAUGAACAGACUGAUGUUUUAUAUCUGACCUCAGAGACGAUGAGCCUUCCUCCUCCUCCUCCUCUUCCUCUUUUACCCUCUUAUUGCAGCAGCUUCUUCUUCUUCUUCUUUUAUUCCAUUUGUUCCUACUUCCUGUUGUUUCCUGUUCCUGUUCAGCCGGACUGUUAGCCAAUCAGAGAGCAGCUCCCAGUUUUUAGUUCAUACGGUGACACUCGGCAGGUAAAGUUUGUUACCGUGGAAACAGUGUUUCAUCCCCACAGCUGACUGUAAACCAGUUUGUCCAUUAAACCAGUUGAUCAAAAUAAGACUCAUUUUAUUGAUGUUAAAAAGAUGUUUUUGCAUUAAAAGUCAAUGACUAUUAA